CACGCCGCCAUAUUGGACACGGAUGUUGUUUCUCCGGGUUGAAGGUGUUUACGCGGCUCUUUAACAAAAUUCCAAAAUAUCGUCUAUCAAGUUUUUAAAUACAGAACAAGUGUCACUUUCUUUAGGAAUUUAUUGUUUUAUCCAAUAAUUUGUGACAAAUAAACAAAAUAAUGAGUGAGAGUGAUAAUGUGAUGGAAAAUUGUGCGACGUCGAGGGCACGCGAUGAUGAGAAAGCAAUGGGUGACGUCCUGGCGAAAGAGAACAACGAGGAUGUUUCACAACAGGAAAACACAUUAUCCGAAGAUAGUCUCACGUUAAAUUGUUUAAGGCAUGAUAUUAAUGAUACGCCGGAAUCUGAUGCUAAUGAACUUUCACCCACUGACACUCCCUUAACUAACUCUGUCGAGAUGGCGGAAAAUUGUGAAAAUUUUGAUAAUACAGAAAUGGAAGAUAACAAGGACGUGGAGGAUAAUAACGUUUUAUUGGAAAGUAAUAAGGACUCUUCGGAAAAUUCUUCUGAUUCCACUUCACGUCACGUUAAAGAUCCUUGUCGAUGUGAAAUGUGUAGAGUCAAGAGGAGAAUUCUUAUGGAGGACAUGGAAAGGGCAUUGAGGCUAAAUAGUCUUUGGACAGAUUUAAGAAAACACAUACAUUCUGUUUAUCACACAGCAAUGACAACUUCUAAUGUAUCUCACUCGUCAGUUAUUCAGAGUGAUUCCUCUCGACAGAGCAGCCUACAAAAUACUGUUUUACAAUUGUGUAAAAGUGAUCCCCAUCAACUUUCCAUGAGGUUAGUGAGCCAAGCGCAGGAAUUCGUGGUGGAAGUCAAGGUUCAACUUUUAACUCUUCUUCAAAAUCUAAGGGUUAAUCAUUUGGCGGAAGUUUUCUUAACAAAAAUGUUGGAUGGAUACGAUGCCCUGAUAGCAACUGCCUUACAAGUUUCGCAGUUAAUCAAACCAGUGGAAAAGGAGUAUUUUCAGAAAUUUAAUUUAACAUGGGAGUGUUUCAAUAAAAAGCUUUAUCAGGAUUACGUUUAUACGGAUCCUUUAAUCCAAAAUAGACUUCCACCAUUUAUUGGACAGUUGAGGAAGUUGCUGCCUUUAAAAAGCACCGAAUACCAGGGGCUCGUUCACAGGUAUCUUGCGUUCGAUGAUGAAAUGACAAGGGUCGGUAAUCUCUGGCCGGAAGCUGUGCAGUUAAUAGACAAACAUAAUAUGGAACAAGCGGCGCGAUUAAUAAAAUUGAGAAGAUUCAGAAAAGGUUGGGAGACAUUUACAACAUGGUGGAAACAAGUGCAGCGGCAAGAAACGUAUAAGAGACACGAAAGAUUACAGGAAGUUAAUAAUGAAUUAUUGAAGGAAUCUCAGGAAGUUAGUUCAACAGGUACUAACGGAAGAGUUCCAAGUCCAGUAUGUCUUUUAGAUACCCUAAGUAUUCCUCCUAAACACGACAUUGCACAAUUUUUACUUGAUGCUAAAACGUCACACCAAAGGUUAGUUGAUGUUCUAAAGUCGAUCAUCGUUUCAAAGGACCAUUUAACUAUGAAAGAUUAUGGUAUAAAUAUGCCCAAUCAUCCGCACAUGAAUGAUCUCGAAUUUCAAUGUGGGUUCGAAUGUGCAUCGACUGUCAUUCAGUCUUUUGCUACAUUGAUCGCAAAAAGACGAACUAGAAGCAAUUGCAGUGAAAAUCAUGUUGAUCCGUCAUUGACCAUCGACGAAGAAAAUUGUACUUACUGCACUUUGUCACCUCUCUUAAAUUCUAAUCUCUUCAUGAUGAAGGAGCUGUCAACAGAAGAGGAAUCACUUUCUAAAGACAAAUCAGUCAAUAACGAUAUUGCUGGAAUGGAAAAAUAUAUAGACACAAAUUUUUCAGCCAUCAAAGAUCUUUAUAAUCAUGUGAAUUCAGCGAUACCGGGUGAUAAUUUCGAUACUUUGAUAACGCAAGAAAAUUUGUCAACAAAUUUUGAUAGCAUUGAAUCGAAAACACUCGUUGAAUGUGAAACUGAAAAUGAUGAUUCUGAGGAGAAGAGGCCUAAUUGUGUCGCGGAGGAUGUCGAUUUUAGAAAAUUUGAUUUUCAAUCUUGUCCCUGUGUCUAUCAACAUACCAAAGAUAUCGCUGAGAAACGAAAAGAAGUCGAUAAUCCACCUUGCCCUUGUUUGUUAAAUUCAAAACGUAAACUCGAUGCGUGUCCAUGCUUAAGUACGAAUGAUAUUGAUAUUAUGCCAAAUGGUCACUUGGAGGAGCAGCCCAUUGCAGUGGCUACCCCGAAAUCUAACGAGGAACCCCUGGAAGUUGUAAUGAAACCAAGUUCGACGAUUUCUGCUCAAAUACAAACGAGACACUCGACGACGCAAACAAGAAAUUCAACUCAUCACCAUAAUCGCACUUCUUGUCAAGGUUCUGCGCAUUCUCACGAUGUCAAAACUUCAAAUUCAAGUCACAAGGCUCACAAUCAUGGUUCACAGUCUUCCAUCGCUUGUCACAAACAACACGUUGUCGAACACAUUAAAAGAGUAUCUUGUAGCGAUUUGAGUCCCGGUGACGGCGAUUGUUCUGAUUCAGGAAGCAGUCACGAAGAUUCUUGUUCAACAAGUAGUUCAUCGCCACGAGAUUCAAAUCGACAUUGCGAUUGCUGUUACUGUGAAGUCUUCGGUCACGGAGUUACUUCUGUUGCUCUUGUCAGUCGUAAUUAUAACGAAAUGAGGGAUAGAUUGAGACAAUUGUUAACGAAAAAGAAAGCAACCAAGUGUAAAGCUGUGUGUAGCCCGUCAAAAAGUUCUGCGGAAUCCUUGCCCUCUAAUACAAAUUCGGAAUCGAAGACGACAACGUCAAGUCAUUCGGCGCCAAGGUCCAAUACACCUUUAUCCACAGCUUCAACUGUUCUUCUUGAUAAUAGAGAUCAAAGAGAUUUAGACGCUUUACUCGAGUAUAUAGAGGGCAGUCAAAAUGGGAAGAGAGAUAAUAAAAAGGCUGAAAAAAAGGCGCGACAGAAACAACGAAAGCUCGAUGAGAAGCUUAAACAAGAGCGACUGGAAGACGAGAGACAGAAAUUGAUAGAAAUACAAAAGAAAACGCCCGAAGUAACUAUCACUGUUGUCGAUCCUCAAAGGCCAAUGCCACAGAGAUUUCAUUCACAUCGAAAUCUCCCGGAGGUUUCCAUUCUUCCAGCGUCACCGCCUGUCGUGUCGAAUGUUUUAAAACCGAAUAAUAUUAAGAAUAAGAAAAAAGACAAGUUUGAAACUCCCACUAACAUUAACGUUACCAAUAAAACUAACGCUAAAACGAAAACCACAGCUCAAGCAAAUCAAAAGACUAAAAGCUCAAUCUCCAUUGACAGGGUCGAUGGAAUUUCAAAUUCAACCCAAAACACAAAGAAUAACAAUAAAAAGGAGAAAGGCGGCAAUGCGAAAGGCAAUAAAACCGGGAAUUUAAAUAAUAACAACAACAAUAGUAAAAAUACCGGUAAACAAACACAACCACCGCCUGCUCCAUCUCCACCCCCGCCACCCAUUGACGAAUCCACAUUGACGAAAAAAGAACGCAAAAAAUUGAGACGCGAAAUGAGAAAAAUGGAAGAAGCCAAAAAGGAAACAGAAAAUCAACUACAAAUUGUGACAAUAAAACGUGUCAUGGAAUCGAAUAGUGCCGAACCAACCGUGACUAUCACUCUCAAAGGUCAAACACCCGCUGAAGAUAAAGUAUUAUUCACCCUCGUCAAUGGACAAACGAAAGAGCCCACCAAGACCGAACAGGGACAGACAACUUCCGGGAAAAAGAAGAAAAAGGGCAAAAAUACUAAUAACUCGAAUCAAGCCAGCAAUAACAAUCAAGUCAACACCAGUAAUCAAGUAACUCAAAAUAAAACCCAACAAACCAACGUCAAAACCAACAAAAACGAAAAUAAAACUGUUAAACAGGCCGUUAAACAAACCACAAACAAUGAAAAAUCCAAAGGCGCAAAACAAGUCGAUUCUUCAAAAAAUCAACAGCAACAACAACAACAACAGCAGCAGCAGCAGUCUUCAGCCGAAGUGAAACCAACAAAGAAAAAUAAAAAGAAUUCCGAGAACAAAGAAAACGUCUCCCAGUCACAAAAUAAUGCCACAAAGAAUAAAAAUCAACAACAGAAUCUCGUGAGCAAGAAACAAAAUAAAAACAACUCGUCACCCCAAGUGCAGCAGGAAAAGAAACAACCCAAUAAUAACAGCAGUAGCAACAACAACAACAACGAAACGGGCAAUAAGAAAGUGAUGAAACAACAAGAGCAGAAUAAAAAUGUUCAAAAGGAAGCCAAAAAGAACAAUAAAAGUGGAAAUAAUAAGGCUAAUAGCAAUAAUAAUAAUAAUAACAAUAAUAAUAGUAGUAGUAGUAAUUGUACUGGUGGAAAUGUAACCGCAACCGCCAAUAAGACUGAUAAUCAGAAGAAUCAAACAAAAAGUAAUCAGAAUAGUGGUAAUAAAAAGAAGAAGCAAAAUGUUGAUGUUCAACGUUCUGUUAAUGAAUGUGUUACGCCACCAUUGAGUAGUCAAUUUAAGGAUAUUAGCGCAAAUUCUAAAAUUAAUAUUGAGAAUCUCAAGCUGCCGCCCGGUAUUACGAUUACAAAAGUUGACACGCCCGUCAAGCCUUUUCCAUUGAAAAUUGCACAGAAGCUCAAACCGACAAAUCCACCGAAGCAAACGACAAUUAUUGCUUCGCCAAUGAGCAAUACUCCGUCCGGCUACGCCAAUCCCCAAGGCAAUGGUAAUGUUAUUGUUGUUGAUACUGGAAAGCUGAAGCAGGAUUUAAUUCCGAAAAAUUCAGAUAAAGAUGCAACAAAGGAAUCUCAAGGUGGCAAAAAGAAGAAAAAGAAGAAGAACAAGAAUGCCGCUAAUCAAAAUCCAUCGUCAUCAUCAUCUUCAUCAAAUUUGACACUAUCACAAAGAAACGAUCACUCUGGCAAUGACCAUGGCGACGAUGUGGCGAAAAUCCUUCACAAUCCACAAACAAAUAUGGUGACAAUUAGAAAUCCAGCAUUUGGUCCACCGAAAAUGGAACCCGUCUCUCAACAAGCAGCAAUAAUAAAAGUCUCAGAGAAUGGUAUGGUGACAAUUCGAAGUCCAGCAUUGCAGCAAGCCAUCAAUGCCGGUUUAACGCCACCACCGAAACCCGACUUCAUCAUUAAAGGCGAUUUAAAUGCCACAAAAUCAAAUAAACAAAACAAUGGCAUUAUACCGUCGAGUAUUACCGAAAUACGCAGUCGACUAUCAACGGAAUGCACCAGUUUAAGUGAUCUCGCUAAUAUUCAAAUCAGUAAAGUGGCAAGCGGUCAACCAAUACCCGAAAGUGGAAUCAAUCUCAAGGGUACGAGUGUAACAUUAACCAAGGUGAGAAAUCCUGAGACAGCAACGACAACGACAACGUUUGACGAACAGGCGAAAACAGCUGUAAGGGAGGCGAUUAAUGCGUCGAUGACGGUUUCAAGUGGCGGCACCACAACCAGCAAGGGGAAGAAAAAGAAAAAGCGCGGAAAUGGCGCGAGGCAAAGCGGCGAUGACUGGAACCUCGUUGAGAGUGUAUUCACGCCAAAAGAUAUAGACCUCGAGGACGGUGAAAUGGACGAUGCUGAACGUGAGCUGGAAGCCUUUAAGAGAUUUUGUCUCCAAUCUGUGCCACCCCCACGAAAGGAGAAGGUGAAUCUAAAUAUCAAGGACAUCGUUCUGAAAAAGAAAUCAUCAUCAUCAACAUCUGCCGCUGCAACGGCCGUUAUUGCCGCCAAUUAAAACUAAUUAAUUUUCUUUCUUUUUUUUUUCAUUUAAACAUAUAUCCGUCUCUCUUCACUUUUACAAAAAUGAAAAAAAAAAAAAAUUCUACUAAAACUACUGCCAAUUUUUUUUGAAAAUCAAGUCAGAUUUUCAAAGAAGAAAAAAAAAUGAAUCAUUUUUCCCGGUUUUUAAAAGGUGAAAAAAUAUAAGUAUUUUAGAGGAGGGUUGGGGGUGAGGUAAAAAAAGUGGCAGAGCAACCUGAGGCGAAAUUCCAUGAGAAGAAGUAUAUUUCUUUUUCAAUUGUUUAUAUUUUAUAUAUAUAUACAGUAAAUCUGUGAUCGUUCAAAGUAUUUUUUUCGGCAAAAAAAAAGCUUCUUCUCUUUGAUGAGCUCUUAGAUUAUAAAUAAUAUAAAAUGUAUAUGUAUGUAUUUACGUGUUGUAGAAAAAAUUUUUUUUUAACAAAUUAUUAGAGAAAUUCCAAGCUUUAAAAAAAAGUUGCGUUCGAACCUGGAAGAUGAAGUUAGAUUUUCAAAUUGAAUCUUGCCUUUUUUUAAAAUAAUUAUAUCUCACCGAAUCAACCAGGAUCGUAAGUUGCUCUGCUUUUUCUCGUGCACAGUCACAAAUUAUAUAUAAUAUAUUUUUUUUCUAAUAAGUAAUUUAAAAAGUGCACUUUUUUAAUUCGUAUUUUAUUGUGUCACUUUUUUGUUGUUUUUUUUGCGAAAAGUUGAAAUUUUGUUUAAAAACAAAAUAAAACAAGACUUGAGAGAGAGAAUAGAGAGAAAGAGAGAACCGUUUAUUGGUCGCUCAAGUUUUUUUAAAAAAAAAAUAUUCUCCUUUUGCUCAGUCUCUCAGCCUUUAAUUUGCGAUUAGUUAAAAAAAUAAUAAUGAUAAUGAAAUGUUUAAUAAUCGUGAAGACGCGAUUGUCUUAUUAAUUGUUAAUUACUGUAUACGAAUGAAUUUAGACGAUUUAUAAAUUAUAUAUAUAUAUAUAUAAAUAUAUAUAGAUAUGAAAGGAAAGGAUACGUCAGCUUUGGACGCACUUGAAUUUUUUUAGUGGUGAUUUUUUUUAGGAAAUAAAUCGUCAAUUGUAUAUAUGAAAUAAUGAGAAACGUAUUAAUUCGCAGGAGAAGAAUUUAUUUCUAUCGACGCGAUAAAGAAAAAAAGAAAAAAAAAGAAACGAUCCUUGUAAAUGGAUCAAAAUUUUUUUUCCCGCGAGUUCUCUAAUGUAAAGAGCCUCGUUUCCUUGUUGGCAUUUCAUUAUAGGAUAUAGAAUAUUCUAGUGAUAUUGUAUUUGUAGAAUAGCUUUUCAUACAUCAAGAUACAUUUCGUCAAGAAGAUAUAA